GGAGAAGACGACACUGACAAAAUGGCAUCUCAAUCUCAGGUUUUGGUGGAAGUGAAAUCAAGUGUUAGAAUCUUGACAUUAAACCGACCAAAGCAGCUUAAUGCUCUGUGCUUCAACAUGAUUUCUCGGUUGCUGCAACUAUUCCUUGCAUAUGAGAAGGACCCUAGUGUGAAACUUGUCAUCCUAAAGGGUCAAGGAAGAGCCUUUUGUGCUGGUGGCGACGUUCCACCUGUUGUUAAUAACAUCGUACAAGGUAAAUGGAGACUUGGUGCUGAUUUCUUCAGAGAUCAAUACACGCUCAACUAUGUUAUGGCCACGUAUAGCAAACCCCAGGUUUCAAUUUUGAAUGGUAUAGUCAUGGGAGCCGGAGCUGGUGUCUCCAUCCAUGGACGAUUUCGCAUUGCAACUGAGAACACGGUUUUUGCCAUGCCGGAGACAGCUCUGGGGCUCUUUCCAGAUGUAGGCGCCUCCUAUUUCUUGUCAAGGCUUCCUGGAUUUUUUGGAGAGUAUGUUGGCCUCACAGGAGCUAGGUUAGAUGGCGCUGAAAUGCUUGCAUGUGGUCUUGCAACUCAUUUUGUGCUUUCAUCGAGUUUGGAUGCACUAGAAGCAGAUCUUUGCAAAGUUGGUUCAAGUGAUCCAAGCUUUGUCUCAACAAUUAUUGAUGCAUACACUCAGCAUCAAUACCUUAAACAGAAGAGUGCUUACUACAGGCAAGUGUUAGAUGUUAUUGAUAGGUGCUUCUCGAGGAGAACAGUGGAAGAAAUUAUUUCUGCACUUGAGAGAGAGGCCACUCAAGAACCAGAUGAUUGGAUCUUAACUACCAUUCGAGCUUUGAAGAAGUCUUCACCAUCAAGCCUUAAAAUCUCUCUUCGAUCGAUAAGAGAAGGAAGGUUGCAAGGGGUGGGGCAGUGUCUUAUCCGUGAGUAUAGAAUGGUGUGUCAUGUGAUGAAGGGAGAUUUAAGCAAAGACUUGGUGGAGGGGUGCAGAGCCAUAUUGAUAGACAAAGAUAGGAAUCCAAAGUGGGAGCCAAAGCGACUGGACGACAUGAAGGACAACAUGGUAGAUCAGUACUUUGAGAGAGUGGAGGAAGAGGAGCGAUGGGAGGAUCUCAAGCUUUCGCCAAGGAACAACUUGCGUGCUUCAAAAAUUGCUUCAAAGCUGUGAAGUGGAAAAGGUGAUUAGCCAGACAUUAAACCAAUGACCUAACC